AUGGCAUUCAAAGACACCGGCAAGACCCUUGUGGACCACAAACUGGCCAUUCUCCAAAUCCGGAUCACCCUCACCAGCCGCAAUGUAAAAUCGCUCAAGAAAGUAUGUGCUAACCUAAUUAGAGGAGCCAAAGAAAAGAACUUGAAAGUGAAGGGGCCUGUUCGAAUGGCCACUAAGACACUUCAGAUCAUAACUAGAAAGACUCCUUGCCGUGAAGGUUCAAAGACUUGGGAUCGGUUCCAGAUGAGAAUCCACAAACGCCUUAUUGAUUUGCACAGUCCUUCUGAAAUUGUUAAACAGAUCACUUCUAUCAGCGUUGACCCAGGUGCAGAAGUUGAAGUCACCAUUGCAGAUGCCUAA